UAUUUUUGUUAAUUUUAAUUAGCUCUAACAACAUAGGUUCAGAUGGGGCGAAAGCAGUUGCUUCCGAAAUAGCUAAAUGUACUAAUCUCUCCACUUUAACCCUCGGUUUCUACUCUAACAACAUAGGUUCAGAUGGGGCGAAAGCAGUUGCUUCCGAAAUAGCUAAAUGUACUAAUCUCUCCACUUUAACCCUCGGUUUCUAUAACAACAACAUAGGUUCAGAUGGGGCGAAAGCAGUUGCUUCCGAAAUAGCUAAAUGUACUAAACUCUCCACUUUAACCCUUUCGCUCUAGUUUAACAACAUAGGUUCAGAUGGGGCUUAAGCAGUUGUUUCCGAAAUAGCUAAAUGUACUAAUCUCUCCACUUUAACCCUCGGUUUCUCUAACAACAACAUAGGUUCAGAUGGGACGAAAGCAGUUGCUUCCGAAAUAGCUAAAUGUACUAAUCUCUCCACUUUAACCCUCGAUUUCUAUGAGAACAACAUAGGUUCAGAUGGGGCGAAAGCAGUUGCUUCCGAAAUAGCUAAAUGUACUAAUCUCUCCACUUUAACCCUCGGUUUCUAUAACAACAACAUAGGUUCAGAUGGGGUGAAAGCAGUUGCUUUCGAAAUAGCUAAAUGUACUAAUCUCUCUACUUUAACCCUCGGUUUCUA